AUGCUGCUGGAAGACAUGCUUAAUUACCAAACAAAGAUCCCAACUGAGUGGCACACCUCCAUACGUGAAGUUGCUCAGAAAUUUGAUAGUGCUGCUGAAGUUAGAUUAGCACUUCAAUACUAUUCAAUUGCUAAAUGGUUCGAGUAUGAUUUUUACCACAAUGAACAAAGACGCAUAAGAGUCUAUUGCCGAUUCAAGCACACACAUGGUUGCCCUUGGAUAUUGUUUGCUUCCCCGCUCAGAAAUUCGUCUAUCAUGUCCACAAAGAAUUUCGAGUCUACCCACACCUACGGUCAACAUGGAGCAAAUGCUGGCAACUCAAGGGCAUUAAGGAAGUUCAUUGCUAGCCAAAUACAAGCUAUUUUGGAGGUUAGGCCAAAUCUUCGUGUGGUCGAUAUCAAGAACGACAUGCUCUCUAAUUUUGGCAUCAAUAUUAACUACAGUAAAGCGUGGUAUGAAUCUAUGGUGCAUGCAACUAAUCCAGUGAGUCGUGUUGUUAUUGAUGCUGAUGACGGUAGGUUCAGGCGAUUGUUCAUUAGUUAUAAUGCCUGUAUUAAAGGAUUCAUUGCUGGGUGUAGGCCUCUAUUGUUUUUGGAUGGAACAUUUAUUAAAGAUCGUUACAGAGGCAUACUACUUAGCGCUACUGGGAAAAAUCCUUACCAACCUCCACAUCGACUGGUAAUGAUUUCAGACGCCGACAAGGGUAUCAGGGCAGCAGUCGAGGAAUUCUUUCCAGAUGCUUUCCAUUCAAUGUGUGUUCUGCAUCUAGUCGAGAAUUUCAAAAAGAAGAUGAAGGAUUUUAGGCACAAGGCAAAUGUCGCGACUACGUUGGGCGAGCUAUUACAAUCUGCGGCUUAUAAGUUCACAAUAUCUGAAUGGGAUAAUGACAACGACUACGUUGGGCGAGCUAUUACAAUCUGCGGCUUAUAA